AAAAAGAGGUCGAACUAGAUUACAAUCUCUAGUUGAGGAUCUUAUCUUCAUCUACUUCUUACUCAUGGCUCCUCUUAUAUAAUGACAAUUGCAUAACGUACUAAUUAACUAAACCUGAGAGCAAAAGAAGAACAAGAAACUCUAAUGGCGGAUAAGGAAUAUGAGAGGACUUUAGAGGAGACCUCUACGUGGACAGUCGCUGUGGUUUGCUUCGUCUUAAUACUCAUUUCGCUUUUUAUCGAACACUUGAUUCACAAAAUUGGAUCCUGGCUCAAAAAGAAGCACAAGGGGAAUCUUUAUGAAGCUCUUGAAAAAGUUAAAGCAGAACUUAUGCUGUUGGGAUUCAUAUCACUACUCUUAACAGUCGCACAAACUUCAAUCUCAAGUUUCUGCAUUCCCAAGAGUGUUGCAUCAUCAAUGCGCCCUUGCAGCGCCGCAGAAAUAGCUAAAAAGGAAUUAGAUAAAAAAAUCCCUAGAAGAAGUUUAGCCACCAAAGGUUACAACGAAUGCCCAAAGGGGAAAGUGCCUUUUGUAUCUGCUUACGGAAUCCACCAGCUGCACAUAUUCAUUUUCGUGCUCGCGGUGGUUCAUGUUAUUUACUGCAUUGUUACUUAUGCUUUGGGAAAGACCAAGAUGAGGAAGUGGGAGCAGUGGGAGGAAGAGACAAAGACAAUAGAAUAUCAAUACUCCAACGAUCCUGGGAGGUUCAGGUUUGCGAGGGACACAACUUUCGGACGAAGACAUCUCAAUGCCUGGAGCAAGACGAGUGUUACGCUCUGGACUGUUUGUUUUUUCAGACAGUUCGUUGGAUCUGUCACCAAAGUUGAUUACUUAACUUUGCGGCAUGGUUUCAUCACGGCGCGAUUUGCUCCCGGGAGCGGGAGCGAAAAAAUGCCAUAUGAUUUCUGCAACUAUAUUCAGAGAUCAUUAGAAAAAGACUUCAAAACUGUUGUCGAGAUCAGCCCCGUCAUCUGGUUUGUAACUGUGCUAUUCCUCUUGACCAACUUAGAUGGACUACAUUCUUACCUCUGGUUACCAUUCAUUCCUCUGAUUGUGGUUCUAAUAGUUGGAACAAAGCUUCAAGUGAUUAUAACCAAAUUGGGUCUAAGAAUCCAAGAGAAAGGCGAUGUGGUAAGAGGCGCCCCUCUGGUUAAGCCUGGUGAUGAUCUCUUCUGGUUUGACAAACCUAGCUUCAUGAUUUUCCUUAUCCAUUUGGUUCUUUUCACGAAUGCAUUUCAACUUGCUUUCUUUGCAUGGAGUUCGUAUGAAUUCGGUAUCAGUAAUUGUUUCCAUAAAGAGCCUCAAGAUAUUACCAUUAGAAUUGUAGUUGGACUUGUUGUACAGAUACUUUGCAGCUAUGUGACUCUUCCACUCUAUGCUCUUGUCACUCAGAUGGGUACUACGAUGAAGCCAACGGUAUUCAACGGAAGAGUAUCCAAGAUGCUAAAGAAGUGGCAUCACAAAGCACAGGAGGAGACACAACACGGAAGACGCUCUGAAUCAAACACACCUUACCCUAGCCGUCCAACUACACCAACUCAUGGCUCAUCUCCCAUCCAUCUUCUUCACAAUUACAACGACCGAAGCAUUGAAAGUUUUCCUAAUCCUCCUUCUCCUAAUCAUCAUGACCACUACCAGUUUUAUGAUCCUGAGUCCCAACACAAAGCAGCUGAAUCUUCCACACAUCAUUCUACUGCACAUGGAAGUGCAUCCAUGGAACUUCCUCCUCUACGACCAGCAAACGCUUAAAUAUAUAUGUUACAUUAAAAUUGUUAUGUUGUGCAAUUGUUAUAUUACAAUAAGCACUUUUACAUUACUACAUGUAUCAUGUAUGAGACCCUUAACCAUCUAUAAAGAUGGAUGAUGUAUUAUCUUUUUUUGAAUUA